GAAAAUCUUGGAAGAAGCAAUCGAGUGGCAGAGAUAUAUCUUUGCCGCUUCACAGUUGAAAAGUACCGUAAAAUUUCACCUUUUCUCUCCAGGGGUUUUGUUUUCUCCAUCGUUUAGAAAUUCGCUCACUUUUCGUUUCCCCUUUUUAAUUCAGCACAUUCUUGCUCGAUUUCUUCCCUGGGUCAAUAAAGGAACUUCGAAUUAAAUCAUUUGUUAUUUGAAUAUAUGCUCUGUGAACUGAAGUUGCUUCGAAAGGAGUUGACACAGCGAGUCGGAAGAUGACAGUUGAUUUUGUUUUAUUUCUUCCUGGUUUCUGAAAAUAUUUUGGGAAAUCGUGCCGUAUUUGUCUACUCCCAAUUGGGUGAUAUUUCGAUCAUGUGGGGAAGUGCUUGUGUUGACUGUUGAUGCUGACUAUGCAAAUUGGGUCUUCAUGAAGUGAUGAUGAAACUUCUUAAAGGAUCUUCAUGAAGUGAUGGAUAAUGAAGCAAAUGCAAUUGAAGACAUCAAUAGAGCAAGAUUACAAAACAAAGAAAGAGAAUUCUCUCUAAAUCCCACAAGUUCCAAUGUAGUGAAUCCAAUUAAAGAUAUUAGUUUUCAAGAAAACAAUCCUGACACAUUUACAAAUAUCAUUGAUGGAAAGAACAAUGAUAAUUCCAGGGGUAUUGUUGAAGAAUUAGUCGUAAGAAAUUUCAACCAUGGGAAUUUAGAAAUAGUUGGUGCUUCAAAGCCUGAUGUUUGGGAAGAUUCAGACUCCAUUUUCUUCCCAGGAUUUCUUGAAAACAAACAAGAAAAUCAAAAUCAAAAUCAAAAUCAAAACGAGACAAAUGACAAUUCACCCCAUGAUGAAAACCAACCCACUUCAAGUAUUCGAACAAAGAUUCUUUCUAAAUCCGGAUUCUCCGAGUAUUUCGUGAAAAGUACACUCAAGGGCAAAGGCGUCAUUUUCCGAGGUCCACCUCGAGAUGGUCAAACCGAUCCCCGAGCUGUCAUUCCCGAGCCUAACCCUCCCAAAGAUGAAACUGUAAAUUUGAGAGAAUGGUUGAAAAUGGGAAAGAAUAAAGUUGAUAAAUCGAAAAGUCUUUAUAUAUUUAAACAAAUAUUAGAUUUAGUGGAUUCAUCACACUCUCAAGGAGAAGCUUUACAAGCUUUAAGACCAUCAUUCUUCAAAUUGCUACCUUCAAAUCAAGUCUUAUACAUGAAGGAAUUAACAGAAACCAAAGGAGAUGAUGUUCUUUUGUCUAAUCAAUUCUUGAAAAGAAGAAAACAUGGUGAAAAUUUCAACUCUUUUGGCAUGUGGCAACAGUUCCCAAAUCGUUCUGGUUCUAACCAUGGUCAAACUCAAACUCAAAAUCAAACUCAACCAGGGUUGACUUCUUUUGGUGGUGAUUUAUUAGAAGAACAGUGGUAUGCGGGGCCCGAGGAUGUUAAAGAGAGGCCUUGCAUGAUGUCUUCAAAUGUAUACUCUUUGGGUGUUCUUCUAUUUGAGAUUCUUGGAUCUUUUAUUACUUCUAAAGAACAUGCAGUUGCAAUGAUGAAUUUAAGACAAAGGAUUCUUCCUCCUAGAUUCUUGUCUGAAAAUCCCAAGGAAGCAGGAUUUUGUCUUUGGCUACUUCACCCUGAAGCCUCAGCUCGACCAACCACUAGGGACAUUCUAAAAUCCAAGCUUAUAAAUGAAAUAGAAGAAACAUCAACAGACGAUUUAUUAUCCUCCAUAGCUCAAGAAGACACCGAAUCCGAAUUAUUAUUACAUUUUCUCACAUCUUUAAAAGACCAAAAACAAAAACAAGCCACAAAUUUAAUCAAAGACAUCAACUACUUAAAAUCCGAUAUCAAAGAAAUCGAGUCAAGAAGACAAUCAAUUCAAGAAAACAACAAACCACCAAUUAUUGAAUCAAGAUUAAAAGCCAAUUUAAUCCACCUUGAAAGUGCAUACUUUUCCAUAAGAUCAAGCAUCAAAAACGAUCCAACGGACACGAUUGAUCAAGAAAAUAAUAAACCGUUGGAUCGACUUGGAAUCUUUUUCAACGGAUUAUGCAAGUAUGCAAGGUAUAGUAGAUUUGAAGUUCGUGGUAAUUUAAGGGGAGGUGAUUUUAGUAAUUCUGCAAAUGUUAUAUGCUCUCUUGGAUUUGAUAGAGAUGAAGAUUAUUUUGCAACUGCGGGAGUUUCUAAAAAGAUUAAAGUUUAUGAUUUUCAUUUAUUAUUGGAUGAUUCGAUUGAUAUUCAUUAUCCUGCAAUUGAAAUGGUGAAUAAAUCAAAAGUUAGUUGCAUUUCUUGGAAUAGUUAUAUCAAGAAUUAUCUCGCUUCCACAGAUUACGAUGGCUCAGUGAAGAUAUGGGAUGCAGGAACUGGUCAAACAGUUUCUCAUCAUAUCGAGCAUGAAAAAAGAGCAUGGUCAGUUGACUUUUCUCGAGUGGACCCCACAAAGUUAGCUAGCGGGAGUGACGAUUGUUAUGUCAAACUUUGGAGCAUUAAUGAGAAGAAGAGUGUAUCAACAAUCCGAAACAUUGCAAAUGUUUGUUGUGUACAAUUCUCUCCAUUUUCAUCUCAUUUGGUGUGUUUUGGGUCUGCUGAUUAUCGAACAUAUUGUUAUGAUCUUCGAAAUAUUACAACCCCAUUGUGUAUAUUGGGAGGACAUGAUCGAGCUGUUAGCUAUGUGAAGUUUUUGGAUGGCGAAACCGUAAUUUCAGCAUCCACUGAUAACACACUAAAGCUUUGGGAUCUCAAGAAAACAAAAUUCGGUUGCUUAUCGAGUGAUGCUUGCAUCAUGACUUUCAAAGGACACACAAAUGAGAAAAAUUUUGUCGGUUUAUCUGUUGCUGAUGGAUACAUUGCAUGUGGUUCAGAAACAAACGAGGUGUUUGCUUAUUACCGAUCACUUCCGAUGCCAAUCACGGCCCACAAAUUUGGCUCAAUCGAUCCGGUUUCCGGCAAAGAAACCGACCACGCAAACAACCAGUUUGUUUCGAGUGUUUGCUGGCGGCAGAAGUCGGACAUGGUUAUUGCCGCCAACUCCAGUGGCUGCUUGAAGUUGUUGCAGAUGGUUUAAAGCCAUUUGUGACAUCAUUAAGUGUAUAUAAAUAUAUAAAUCUUUGAAAAUAAAGAAAACUUCGAGUCCCGAGCCUUUUGGGCUAAUUCGAUUGCUCGUGUACAUUGAGAUGAGGUCGAGAAUUUUGUAGUUUUUUUUUUGGGUGUUGAAUAUGGUUGAAAUUGAGAUUUGAUAGGGUGGUUUAUUUGUGCUUUUUUUUUUUUAUUUGGAUGAAAUUUGGAAGUAGAGUUUUAUAUGUAUGUAAGUUGUGGUAGAUGUUGAUAUGUAUGCUGUAUACCAGAUAGUUUUCAAUUGAGAAAGGUUUAUACAUUUUAGCA